AUUUAUAGUAACAAUGGAUGAAGUCGGUAAAUACGAUACUAUCCUUCUCAGCUUGGCUCAGCAAAUGGAAGGUGGCGUGUCACAGCUUUUGGAUGUGUUAUUCGGUUUUCUCUCGCGAAAAACAGAUUUUUACACUGGUGCUGAUAUCACGAAAGCUCAAGAAAUGGUUUUGAAGGCAUUUAAUAAACAUGGUGAAUCGGCGAAAAAGGUUGCGGAAGAAGCAAAAAAGCGACGUGCUGAGGAGCAAAAACGUUUGGAGGAACGGCGAGCAGCACAGAAAGCAAAAGAGGAAGCCGAGAUGAAUGAGCCACGAAUUCGUGAAAUCACUGAUGAAGAAGCUGCGGAGCUGGAAAAGAUGAAGAAUGGUGUAAAAACUUCAUCAACGGCUGAAGAGAAUAACAAAAACAAAGAUAAAGAAGAUGGUGAAGAAGAGGAAGAAGACCCAGAAGAUAAAGGAAAGUUAAAGCCAAACGCUGGUAACGGUUGUAAUUUAGAGAAAUAUCAAUGGACCCAAACAUUAAGUGAAAUUGAGACCCUACUGAAGAAAAAGACGACCAUAACAUCCGACUAG